CCAUAUUUUACGAUGAAACGCAAAUCCUGAAGUCCAACAUACGAAGCGCAGAGUACCAUCGCAGCUAAGCUUCCUAAUACCUCUCCAAAACCCUCUCUCUAUUCAUUCUCUCUCACAGCUACCCUACUCAAUAAUGGCGUCUCGCUGCAGAACGAUUUCAAGGCCAGCAAUGAGCUUUGUCAAAUCAUCAUUCUCGAAGCCCUCAACCACACCCAUGUUCUCCGCUCAAUCGGCCCGCCUCUCUCCAUCCCCAUUUUUUAGGCCACUGCCACAAAUGGCUAUGCUCCAAUCUCUGCUACCUCUCCAUUCAGCUUUGUCGUCGGCUCGACUAACCUCUUGUCUAGGCAUAGACACCAAAGGCUGCAGAUCUUUGUCUCAGGGUAUGCUCUGCAUUGCCAACCCUGGAGUUUGAUAGAUUUUGUAAUGUUUCUGUAAUAAUACUUCUUUUUAUGUAUUUUCCAUGUCAUAAAGGAGAAUUCUGUAGUUUUUUCGUAGUCCACUAUCCUUUUUUUCAUCCAUUGAAAAUCCCUUGCUGCUAUUGUGCAUUUUUUCUGGUUUUAUUGUGCAAUAUUAUUAGGUUACUAGACAGUUAUUAGUAUUUGUAUUAGAGUUCUUGUUCAUUGAUUGAGAUGUUUGAUCAUGUUUGGCCUAA